UGUGCAAAGAUAAGCUUUUUUGAAGGCCCUCUCCUCCUCUCUCACUCCUCCCUUUGUUUGCUACCUGAUAUCCAGAGAUUCGUAAAAACUGACAAUGCUUUUUCUCUUAAUCUUUAUAGUGGGUUGCAGACUAGCCUGUGCAGCAGCUCCUGAAGCAAUUGAUCAAAACCCUUGUGCUCAACCAGUGAACCACAGUCGAACUUGGGAUCACGGAAUCAUACCAUACAGGAUCAGCAAUUCAGUCCCUGAUUCUGUGAGAGUUCCAUUGCAUUUUGCGAUGCUGAAAGUCGAGAACAUGUCUUGUGUGAAGUUUUUGCCUCGGACAAGCGAGACUGAUUACAUUUUCAUUGAAUAUGGAGACAGGUGCUGCUCACACCAAGGGAAAGUUGGAACAGGGCCUCAUUGGUUAUACGUGUCCGACAAAGAGAUAUGUCUCAAUAGAAAUGAAUCGAUCGCCGACACAGUUAAGAAAUUAACAUACCACGUAACGCAUGACCAUUGCAAAACUUAUUGCGGUAGUAGUUUCGUAAUGGUUCCAGGUAGCUCACCGGGCACCAUAAGAUCCCCUGGUGAUACGCAGUAUCCUCCAAAUGCUGAAUGUUUAUGGCGAUUCUGGAUCCCACCUCAUGCAAAUAGAAAAACACUAAAGCUUACAUUUAGUAGCAUACAUUUGGAAGGAGGAGAAUCGUGCAGUUUCGACUACAUACAGAUAUUCCAUGAAGACUCCAAGCACAGAUUGCUUAACAAAAGCAGACUGUGCGGACGGCUCACUGACCAUCAGAUUAACGUUUCAAAUGACACUAAUGUUGUGUCUGUUCAUUUUCGCUCUGAUAGCUCAAUGCAGAAGGAUGGAUUUGUUUUGAAUUAUUCCCUUACCAAUGAUACUGUUCUAUGCUCAGUCCAAAAUGGCGGUUGCUCCCAGCUCUGCCUCUCAAAUUCAAUUGGAGAAAAAAUUGGCUGCAGCUGCAGAACUGGGUAUUCUCUUUCAACAGAUGGUGCAUCAUGCAGUGAUAUAAAUGAGUGCUCGCUCAAUGGGAGCCUUUGUGAACAGAAAUGUCAAAACACUGAGGGCUCCUAUUACUGCUACUGCAGGCAGGGAUUCGGAAUAACAAGCGACAUGAGAAGCUGUCAAGUUUGUGGUGGGACUUUAGACUCCCUCAAUGGCUCAGUAUCAUCUCCAGGCCACCCCAACCCUUACCCCCCACAACAAAACUGCAAAUGGACAUUAUCAAGAAAAAAGAAUCACUUCAUCAUCAUUAACAUAACUCAAAUCAAUAUCUCGAGGAGCCCGAACUGCUCCAACGACUACCUUAGAGCUACACAUGGACACUUCCCCAAAAAAAGAAUAUGCGGGCAGUACUUCAGUAUACAAUACAUACCACACACAGUUGGUACCAAGACUACUUUUAGAUUCUACUCGGGCCCUCUAAGUAGCAGCAGUGGGUCUUACUCAGGGUUCCUGCUCACAUACCGGCAAGUACCUUCAAGUGAGAUACCGAACUCGGUGCUAAAAACUGUAUACGUUAAUGGACAGGAGUUGAGUUACGAUACAAAGCCGUGGAUCCAAUAAUAACGGCUUAACUAUUAAUUCUAAAUAAUAAUGUGUAUCAUAAAUAAAGUUGAGAACACCGUAAUAAUACAAUUAAAAAAACUGCAGAGAUCCCUUAUCACUAUUAAUAUUAUUAUUAUUUUCUUCCACUAUGAUUAUUAUUAUCAUCAUUAUGCAAAUUUUAAAUAAAAUUGGAAGGUGUCAAAAAAGCUUAUAAAAUGCA